AUGAUUAAACAACAGCAACCACAGCAACUUAAGACCCUUCAAACCAUUACAUACGCCACAUAUGCAUAUAAUUCAAAGACGGCAGAACAAACGCAAAGGUUGAAAUAUGGAGAUUUGGAGAUAGUAUUGAAAAAUGACCAUUUCGAAUUCGUUUGCAAGGGUGGUGCAGUGAUAUCAAAUAUAAAAGAAAUUUUAUUUAUGAAUUCAAAAAUUAAAGGUAUAACGGAUGAUAUAACAUCAAUUCCACCAGAAGAACAGAGAUAUUACGCAUUAAAUGCAUUUCCUAAAGUUUUGAAGAUUGGAAGAUUUAAUUUAAAUGAGGAAUUCAUAAAAGGUUUCCUAAAUGACAUAAUGAAGAAAGCAGAUAAGGAAUAUGUCAACAGUGAGUUAGAGAAGAAAGCAGAUAAGGAAUAUGUCAACAGUGAGUUAGAGAAGAAGGUAGAUAAGGGACUUAUGGCUAGUGAAUUAAUGAAGAAAGCAGAUAAGGAAUAUGUUAACGAAAAAGAUAAUGAAAUUAAAGAAAUGGUUGAAUGGUAUCAUGAAUGGACAUCAAAGAUUUUAAAAACUAAAGCCGAUACAGGAUGGGUUUCAGGAUGUUUAGACCUUAAAGCGGAUAAGGAAUAUGUUAACGAUGAGUUAGAGAAGAAAGCAGAUAAGGAAUAUGUCAACAGUGAGUUAGAGAAGAAGGUAGAUAAAACUUAUGUUAAUGAAGAAAUAAAACAAUCAGAGGUCUAUUUUACUCCACCAUUUUUAAAUUUUAUGAAAUCAUCAGAUAAAACCUUUGAUAUAGAUUCUUUUGAAUGGUUAUGCUUCGAUGGAGUGACCAUGUAUUUAUUUUAUACAGCUGGGGUGCUUUAUUAUUUUAAAACAAAUGAUUUUAAAAACUAUGAAUCAUUUACUCCAUCUGUUUUGAAUCCUGAUACACGAAAGCCAAUCAUUAAUCCAAUAAUUUUAUAUGUUGAAUAUAAUAACGGUAAAUUUAUGGGAAUGAUAACGGUUGAAGAUGAUUUUUGCCCUUGUUAUUCAUUCGAUUGUAUCCAAUGGUUCAAAUGUAAUUUAAAUCAAGAUGCUAAAUUUAAAUAUCCAAAUAAUCCUAUUAGAUGUGUUAAUAAUAAAUGGGUACUAAUUUAUGAAGUCAAUCAAAUUUUCAUUAGUGAGGAUGGGAUAAAUUAUUAUAUGUUUAGUAUGAUGUCAUCAGAUUUGAAAAUUGAUUAUACAAGUAAGUGGUAUUACAUUAACAACAUGUAUUUUAUCCUACAAAAUGAUAAAAUUUAUAGAUCAUCUUCAAUAUCACAAGGUCAAUUUGAACAAAUUUUUCAAGCUGAUGGAGACAUUGAAGCUUUAUGUUAUGGAUCAAAUGUUUAUGUUCUCGUUUCA